AUGUCAGGUCUGAUGUUUUCGGACUUUCGGUGUUUUUGGAGUGUUUUGGAUAAGGAAAGGAUGAUAUUUGCGGAAUUCAACAAAGAACUACAAAUAUCAAAUGACCUCCUACUCGGAGGUAGAAAGGUAAAUAAUGUUAGCGACAUGAAAACAGAUAACUGCGCACCUAGUGGGGAUAGAUACGACAGGACAGGACACAGGGAGGAUAAGUGCACGGGAAAAUAUCGGGUCCGAUGCGCAGGAAACAUUGGGUUAGCGGAUAAACAUCAGAUUGAGUGGCGCGAGGCUGAGUGCUACACCAAAAACAUCAGACAUCAGACAUUGGACUUCACACAUCGGACAUCGGACAUCAGACUAUCGGACUUCACAUCAGCCUAUCGGAUAUUGAAUGCACUUGUCCUACCUAUGUCCUGUCUCAUUGCGCUAGCCCCACUAGCGCCUCAUGUCUAUCGACCCAAGAGGAUUGCUAUGAAGCACUUCCUUCAAGUAAAAUGCGAAAGGAGAAAAUGCGGAACGGAAAGAACUAAGGUGAUCCUGGAAAGUGCGAGUCUGCCGACAAGAGCGAAGGCGAAGCCGCAGGUCCGGCGAGAGCGCGAUGCGAAACAAAUGAAAGCGAGAGGUUUCUAG